GGGGCGCCCGGAGCUGCGGCGGGCCUGAAGGAGAGCCGGCCCCUUGGCACACACUCCUUUUCCGUCGACUCGGGGGACGAAGCGGGUGCGGGUGGUGUGGCCACGUCGGGAGACCUGGGAACGGCCGCCUCCGCGAAGAACCGGUCUCCCUGGGCUGGGAGGCAGCGCCCCGGACGCGAGGGAGCGGCGGCCACCUCUCGCUCCUGGCACCAUGGGCUGUACGCUGAGCGCCGAGGACAAGGCGGCGGUGGAGAGGAGUAAGAUGAUCGACCGCAACCUCCGCGAGGACGGCGAGAAGGCGGCGCGCGAGGUCAAGCUGCUGCUGCUGGGUGCCGGUGAAUCUGGGAAAAGUACAAUUGUAAAGCAAAUGAAAAUUAUCCACGAAGCUGGUUAUUCGGAAGAGGAAUGCAAACAAUACAAAGCAGUGGUCUACAGCAACACUAUCCAGUCAAUUAUUGCCAUCAUUCGAGCCAUGGGGAGGUUGAAGAUAGACUUUGGUGACUCAGCUCGGGCGGACGAUGCCCGCCAACUCUUUGUGCUUGCUGGUGCGGCGGAAGAGGGCUUCAUGACUACAGAACUUGCUGGUGUUAUCAAGCGAUUGUGGAAAGACAGCGGGGUCCAAGCCUGUUUCAACAGAUCCCGAGAGUACCAGCUCAAUGAUUCCGCGGCCUACUAUUUGAAUGACUUGGACAGAAUAGCACAACCAAAUUAUAUCCCAACUCAACAGGAUGUUCUGCGAACCAGAGUGAAGACCACAGGGAUUGUUGAAACCCAUUUCACCUUCAAAGAUCUCCAUUUCAAAAUGUUUGAUGUGGGAGGACAGAGAUCUGAGCGGAAGAAGUGGAUUCAUUGCUUUGAAGGAGUGACGGCGAUUAUCUUCUGUGUAGCACUUAGUGACUAUGACCUGGUUCUAGCUGAGGAUGAAGAAAUGAAUCGAAUGCAUGAGAGCAUGAAGCUGUUCGACAGCAUAUGUAACAACAAAUGGUUUACAGACACCUCUAUCAUACUUUUCCUAAACAAAAAGGAUCUCUUUGAAGAAAAAAUUAAAAAGAGCCCUCUUACCAUAUGCUAUCCAGAAUAUGCAGGAUCAAACACGUAUGAAGAGGCAGCUGCAUACAUUCAGUGUCAGUUUGAAGACCUCAAUAAAAGAAAGGACACAAAGGAAAUCUACACCCACUUCACCUGUGCCACGGAUACCAAGAAUGUGCAGUUUGUCUUUGAUGCUGUGACCGAUGUCAUCAUAAAAAAUAAUCUAAAGGAUUGUGGCCUCUUCUAAGUUUUCCAGUCAACGAUAAAUUCCAUUUUCAAACCAAAUGAGUACUUAUAUGUGGAUCUCUCUAGACUAGAGUCUUGCAGCAACACAGAAUGUAGUAUACAGCCAAUGCCUCUGGGGCCUGACCAAAGUUGUUUUGUGUUGUUUUUAACUGAAACUAAGAGAAGGAUCCUUCUGAAAAGUGACAGGUGGUCCUGCAGUGUGAAACUGAAGGACAGUGUUAACGCUGGGCUCUAGUGUAUUGAUGAUUUCUGCGUAAGUGUAAAUAUGCAAAUGUACGUAUACAUGUAUUUAUAAGUUUAGUUUUUCACAUUACUUUUAGGUUUUAAGAAUGACAACUUCAGAUUCUAGUGUGAGUGGUUUGGGAAAUAACAGAAAUACUGAGUAUACCUGUACUGAAUGACAGACUAUUAUGUUUGCCAAUUUUAAACAACUUUAUUUAUGUUCAUGUCCUGUACAUUUUUAAGUACAGUAAUUAAUAUUAGGAAGUAUUACAUACCUUAUCUUGAUUAUAUGUAUACUUGUAAUCAUGAAAGUGUUAUAUGUAAAAGCAUUGCACACAAAUUAUUUUAAUAACAUGAUUUGUUGGUUACAUUUGAUGUAUCUUAUUGUGAUGUUCCCAAGAGGACGAUUGUUCCUGCCUUUAGAUCCAUUAUCAUUGUCUAUGUUUCUCUUUUUCUUUUAUUUUCAGAGAGCAUGCUGCUUUAGUUCUCUUCUUAUUGGGUUCAUAAAAUUAAGAGUUCAGAUAUUGGAGGAGACACUAACUUAAACUUACGGUGUAGUCAGUGUUUAUUCAGCUUGUUUGUUUUCACUUGGAAGUUUAAUAUUAAUUUGGGUGAUAUAUUCGCAUUGCCUUAAAGGUAAUGCCAAGAUUAAUUUUUAUACUGUUUGAAAGAUUACAUUUUUAUUUAAAACUGAUCAGUUGGCUGUUGAGAGUUUACUGUGGGCAAAAAAAUUAAAAUGUCAGCUAAUGAACUUUGAGACAUUCAUUUGUGUAUUUCCUUUGGGAAAUCUCUUGUACCUAGCAUACAUGAUAGUUCCUUGUUUGGAAAAUAGCAAGAAAGUUCUUUGAAUAAACCUACUGCUGAAAUAAUUGAAGCUUUAAAUUCACAUAUGUAACGAUUUUCAAAUGUGAUUAUCACACUAUCUUAAAAUUACUUUCUUCCCUUGCAUAGAUUAUUCAAAUUUCCCCCACAUGCUUGAGUCUGUAUUAUUUCUUUUGAUCUGUGCUAUUAUUUCUGAGGAAUGGAAUGGGCAAUUACACUUAGAAAGUGAGUAAUAGUAUUUAACACAGUCAGUGAUUAUAUGUAUGCUCAAAUAAAUGUUACACAUUAGCUAGAUAUUGAACUUUAAUAGAGUCAUUUUUCUUUUGAGUAUUCAUGAUGUCUCUGUGACCUUCCUUCGGCAAAAUUAGCAGAGUUUCUGACCUUGCCCCACCCUUCAAAACAAAACAACUCGUUUUUAACAGACGAGUAAGCUUGACUGUAAGUAGUUUUUAAGUUUAUGCGCUGUCCUUUUGUGUGUUUUCAAGUAUGUGUGUGUGUACGGGCUUGGGAAGGGUGGGGGUAACCAUAAACUGCAUUUAUAGCUGUUUUAUUUGAGGGAUUUUUUUUUCUGUAAUGUAAACAAAUUCAGAGUUAUCAAAAUUUCCUAAAUGUGUUUAAAUUCUUUAUGUGCCUUUCAUGAAUGAUGUUGUUUUCAUUAAUUUUACCAAUGGAAGAUCUGUAAUGUCCUGUUGUGAAGCUAUGUAUGAAAAAUUCAAAUACAUUAUAAAUAAAUUUGAAUCAUAAGAAAUAUGGUUUAAAAAGCCACAAAGAAGCACAUAUUGGUGAUCAUCAUUGAUGAAUUAUUGAACUUUAUUCUGUGUAAUUGUGUUACUAAUAAAUCCUAAUAAAUUUAAAUUUUUAAAAUUUUACAAACAA